CUCUUUUCGCCUGUAAACUACGCCCAACCUUUUCCUCCCCCUUCUCUUGGGCCUCAACCCCACCACCCACUACCAAAUCACAAGCCCAACGAACGAACUUUUUAUACAUACGGCGAGAAACUGCUCGGUAAAACAUUUAAAUGUCUCAGUCUGACAGUCUCGGUUUGCCUCAGGUCGCGGCUUGUCUCCUGGUAGGAUAUUUUGUUUUCAGAUGGUUCUUCAAAUCUUCGGAUCCUAGUAUCGUUUCGCCAACCCGAUCACCGGUUGUCGACCAGCGAAGGUUACAAGAGCAGUCCCUCCUCUUGACGGGGAUGUUCCCCCAAGUGUCUAUGGCAGCCGCACAAGCUGAGCUCAUACGGAACGGUGGAAAUAUUGAGAUCGCGACGGAGAAGAUUCUAGCUGCUGGGGGACUUCCUGAGCCUCCGGCGCCUGUCGCUGCUCCCUUAAAUUCCUCCACCGCCAGACCGGCGCCUGCGGCUGCUGCGCGUCGUACAGCUACCCACAACCCCUCAGGAGCUUCGUCUUCUCGGGCCGUGGGGUAUCAAGAUUUGAUCACCAGAUACAACCUUCAUAGCCGCCUUCACGAAGGAGAUUCUUCUUCGUCGUCUACCCCCUCUGGGAGGGGUAAAUCUCCCCAAACUAGGUCGGACAGACAACUAGCGCACCAGAAUAAGCGAGAUGAAAUGAUCCUAGCAGCUCGACGCAGGAUGGAGGAGAUGGAUCAGAAGCAAGCUGCUGCCAAGGGGCAAGCAUAAUCGUGGGGGGGAGCUCAAUUUUAUCUUUUGUUAGAGUUAUCCGAGUGACAACCGUUAUUUUCCUUUUUUCCCUUCCCGUAACUGUUCUUUUUCCUUUUGACUUGUUCUAGGCGCGAGAUUCUGUUAUUUGGACACUGGGUUCGGGGGGGUUUUUCCUGUCAGUAUCAUACUCGUAUCAGAGCAUCUUUGCCUAGUCAUGGCUAUAUUGCUGUUUCUACGUUACCCAUAAACUGGCCUGAUUGUAAUGCGUUCCGUGUUUGGAUUACCAGUAUUUCGUUUUCCGUAAAAAAGAAAUCAAUAAUGAGUUACUUUUUAAA